AACUCAAUUGCUAAUUUAGUAAAUCUUAGUUAUCUCAAUUUAUCAUCAAAUCAUUUUAGUGAUUUAGUAGUACCUGACAUGUUCUCGGCACUUCAAAGUCUCGAAAUUCUUGACCUUUCUCAUAACAAGUUAAUUAGGAAGAUUCCAAAUUGUCUUCCUAAGUCUCUCUCAGUGUUGAAUUUGCAGGCCAAUUACUUUGAUGGAAAUAUAGCAUUCAGGUUUCCAGAGGGCUGUGGAUUACGAAAUCUCAACCUACAUAGAAAUCAAAUGGAUGGCUUAUUACCAAGGUCAUUGGUGAAUUGUCGCAUGUUAGAGGUUCUAGACGUUGGCAACAACAACAUAAGUGAUACAUUCCCUCAUUGGUUGGAAUCUCUACCACACCUUCAAGUGCUUGUCUUAAGGUCCAACAAGUUCUACGGUUCUGUGCAGAGCACCAAAGAAAGUCCAUCUUUUCCCAAGUUGCGAGUUCUGGACCUCUCCAGCAAUUAUUUUGUUGGUGCUUUGCCUGUUCGGUACAUUGAAAAUUUUAAGGCGAUGAUGGACCCUCAUAAAGAUGGUGAUUCCCCUGAAUACAUGAUGGUGUCGACGAGAGCCAAUUUUUAUCAAUAUUCACUGGUUGUGACAUGGAAGGGAUUCGACUAUGAGCUGCAGGGAAUUUUGAUCGUAUUCAGUAGUAUUCAUCUCUCAAAUAACAAGUUUGAGGGAGAAAUUCCAGAUGUUAUUGGAAAGCUUAGUUCUCUCAAAGGGCUUAAUCUUUCUCAUAACAACCUUACCGGUCAUAUCCCACCGUCACUGGGGAAUUUAACGAAUCUGGAAUGGUUGGAUCUCUCUUCCAACGAGCUAGCGGGGAAAAUUCCUGAGGAAUUGGUAUCUUUGACACAACUCUCUGUAUUGAAUCUUUCAAAUAAUCAUCUCGUCGGGCGCAUACCACAGGGCAAUCAGUUCAACACCUUUGGAAAUGGUUCUUAUGAAGGAAACCUUGGACUGUGUGGAUUCCCAUUGUCAAAAUCUUGUGACGGAAUUGGGACAUCGCCGAGCUCCUUCCAAGAAAAAGAUGAGUUGUGGAGAUUUGGCUGGAGAGUUGUGGUGUUAGGCUAUGGAUGUGGAGUUGUUUUUGGACUGCUGAUGGGAUAUCUUGUCUUCCGAACAGGAAAACCCAAAUGGUUUGUGUCUUUUGAUGGCCGAUCAAGUCAAAGUGGAAGGAAGAUGAGGAAAGCCAGAAGACUUGUUCGAGGAAGAAGCUAGUUGCAGAGUUGAUGUUUUAGAGCUUAUGAUUUAAUGUUUCCUAAAUAAGUGCUUUUCGGGUUUGAAGUUCUUGUUAUGGCUGGCAUUGGCUUGUCUAAAAUUGUCAGCCUUCUCUUGUCUUUAUUAUGCUGUGUAAUUUUGUCUUUCUUUAUUGUAAAAUAUAUUGAGAAAGUGUUU